AUGCCGAGCCAACAACUCGGUAAACGUCAAGUCGAUGUUUCAAAGGUCAUCCUUUAUUGGAAAAUCCACGAGAACUCAUGCCCGAAACGCAGAACCCCUUUCAUGAAUGACGACAGUGCCCUGUGUUUAUUCAAAGACGCUUAUAAUCGCGGCAUUGACACCUGGGAUAUAACCAACUGCUGCUCGAACGGAAAGUCUGAGACUCUGAUGGGGAGGGCUCUUACCGAGCACCAAAUUCCACGGACCAGGGCAGUGAUCAUGACAAAGCUUGGAAUUCCAUCUUCGAUAGAUGUGCGCUGUCCAGUGGGGACACUUCGCCAACUCGUUUUGGAUGCGGUGGAGGCAUCUCUUCGUCGACUGAAAACCCAGUAUAUCGAUGUACUUAAGGUGCAUUACAUACAACGCGCAGACCCCAGGGUCCUAAUGAGAGUACUCAAUGAGCUUGUCCAGGUGGGCAAGGUGAACUAUUUAUGUGCCUCGAACAUGUGUUGCUGGCAGCUCGCAAAAUUACAUUAUGAAGCCAAGAUGAAAGACUGGGCUACGUUUGCCCUCUCCCGUGGGCCUUAUAACUUACUUUAUCGCGAGGGCGAGCGGGAGAUAUAUCCUUUCUGUAAGGCAGAAGGAAUUGGUCUCGUGGCAUGGGACCCUCUGGCAGAGGGACUUCUGAUUGAGCAGCAUUCGCGGAUAAAUGAAAGUCCCCGGUAUCGUUGGGGUGUUGCACAAAAUGAGAGGAUCGUUGCGCGGCUAAGGGAGAUUGCGCGAGUGAGACAGUGGAGUAUGCAUACCUGUGCAAUUGCCUGGGUAUUGAGGAAGAAGAUAUGUGUGAGUGUCGGCAUGCAUGAUAUCAACAACUCGGCAUGGGAAGCCGUGAGAGUUUGUAUGGACCUUCCUGGGGUAACGGUGCUCGAGGAGGAGUAUCGGUAUAUCCCUGUGCAUGCAGUGCAACCGAUUGAGGAUGAAUAG